AUGCUCCGCUUAUCGUUGGUCCUCGCCCUCAUUCGAUUUGUGGUACCCAAGCUCCACAUCCACGGCCACACGCUGACUUGUCAACUCCUUUACUCGCUUAAUUGGGUCCCAGGAAGUGGACAAACGGAUGGAGAAGGGAUCGAAUGGCCGUGGAGUAUGAUAGGUGGUGUCGCGGCGAGCACACGAAAAACUAUUGGGUUUGCACGGCUGGAUAGCGCCGUUAACGAGCUCGCCCGUCAACAAGAGGCUUUUUCUCAAUUUACGUUGCAGCAAGCCGAUCGUGUGCCUCAGUGGAAGGCUAUGGUGGAAGAGUUCGAAGCAGACGGUAGUAAACAGAAUCCCUAUCAGGCAACGGUGAAAGGCGCGACUGAGGCGCAAGUGCGCGAAAUACUCGAUCGUCAAGAUGAAGAGCAGCAGGCAGCUGGAAUUCAACCUAUCCACGAUAUCAGCCCAUCUGCUUUUGUGGUAGAACUGCUGGAUAUCGAGCAAGAACAACGUCGGGUCAGCGCUUACGCUGAGUUGAAGAAGUCCAACUCGACAACUCUAUCCUUCAAUCUACGAAACUCACGUCAGACAUUGAACAAACGUAUCGAGCAUCUUCGCACCCUCCAGGCAACGUAUACUCCCGCCUCAUUGCAACGACUUGCACAACUUCGCCUUCCUCAAAGCACGGUCGCGGAAAAAGUGCCUCUUUUACCUCCUUCGGCAUUAACUCCCGCUCAACGCGAAAAUGGAGGGUGUGGCCCUGCGCUCUUCGAGAUGGAGCGGCUACUACGAGAUGCGCAAUGCCGUUCAGCUCUGGUCAGCUUGCGAAACCAGCUCCACAUCAAAUAUCGCCUCCUUCUUUAUAAACGCACCCAGUCUCGGCAUCAGAAGACCAAUACACGCUCACGAACCCUGGUCACGCGCAAUGAAUACAAGAUUCUUCUACAUUCAUGGAAGUAUCAAGCAGCAUGGGCAUCGUUGGUGGCGAUUGCGGGUGGGAAAGCAGCAGAUGUCCCCUGGCCACAAUUGCACAAGGACGACAUCUGCUGUCUCGAAGACUCCGAUGAGCUGGCCAAGCGAGAGGCAAGGGAGAAAAGAGCUCAAUUCCGGCAACAAGAACAAGACAGGGCUCUUCAAAAGGCCGGAUUGACUCCCCUGGUAUCUCACGGACGCCCGGCCGAGCGAAGCGAUGAUGAAAGCGAUUCUUCGGAAGGCGAGCCGGCUACUUUGCUAGAGACGUUUGGAGGAGGUUCGACCGUAGGGAACCACGACCAAGGUGUUCAGCAUGGCGAAGCACGACGAUCAGUGUCAUGGAUUUGGACUACAGCCGGCAGGACCGAAACAGAUGGGGAGUUGGAGGAAGGUCAGAUCGAAUGGGUGAAGGCUUGGGCUCGCGUUCGGCGCUGGUCGGAAGAAGUUGACAUUUUGAAGGAGGAGUGGCGCCGCUUGGCGGUCUCCCUGGCUUAUGAACAGAAGGAAUGGGAAAAGCGGGCUCAGGGAAUCGAGGUGUCCAGCAUGUCUGUGGAGGACGAUGAGGGACUGAUUGCCUAUGCUGUGAAGCAGGCAGAUAUUUUCAAAAACCUCCAGAUCCGAGCUGAGCUAAUUUGCUCCGAGGUCAAACUGUCAAAAGGAGUUCGAAGACACUGGCCGGCUCAAUUUCGCACUGAAGUAGGGAUGGACUUGAGCCCAGAUGAUGGUGAUGGAAUCAUCGAGGACGAUGUGGAUGACGAGGAUGGGAAUUUUAGCGAAGGGGAAAUGCUGUUGACGGGCGAGGACAACUAUAGUUAG